AUGUUCGACGGCACGGUUGUUGCUGUGGCUGAGCAUGGCGGGUUCGAAUCCCGCACAGGAAGAAGACUGGCACGGAGAUGGCCGAAUGGAUGAACAAAUUCAGAAGCAAGGACAGAAGCUACUUUAACAGUAGCUUCGAGAUUUUUGGGAACCCGUGUAAAAGAAACAGUCAAGCUGGCUCUGUUAAGUCUCUUCCGGGCAUGCUUCCCAUGUUUCCAAACUCAGGAACAUGAGGACUCAACGACGCAAUCCGAGGGUGAUGACUGGUCACUUGUGACUUAUAAUUCACACACACACGGUGGCCUUUCGGACGGUGAAGCCAGUCGGAUCCCGUCUCGCGGGCGCAGUUCACGACGGGACGAUCCUCGUCGGCACACCUUGGCUGGCAACCAACUGCUGUUAUACCCACACAACCCACAAGAUCAUGUUACCAUCGAAAUGCAGCAUCCCAGUUCAGCCCGUCUGCCGAUGAAUCCACCAGAAUAUGCUACGAUCAACAAACUUCGUGAUCACACAGGCAGGAUCGUAGACCUCAGAAUGAAUAAGAAGCCUCCGAUUGCGCGCUACCCGCCACCUUCGAACAAUUUACUCUUCGACGAUGACCCUGGCAUCAUGUCUGAAGUUGAAACAGCUUCGACUGGGUUCCGCAGGGGUGGUAAGCAGAGAUCUUCCCUUCCCGUUGUUCGGACGCCGAGCAAAACCUUGGAGAGACCGUUGGGCCUAGUAUUUUUACAAUACCGGAAUGAAACGAAACGAGCGUUGCUGCCUAACGAGAUAACUUCUAUAGAUACUGUCAAAGCACUAUUUGUAAGAAGUUUUCCCAAGCAGUUGACGAUGCAGUACAUGGACAGUCCACUAGUGAAGAUCUACAUCCACGAUUCUUCGAAAGAUAUGUUCUAUGAACUAGAAGAUGACAGGGCCCACCUACGGGACAUUCGAGAUCGUUCAGUUUUGCGUCUCUUCGAGGCAACGGACAUUGGCGGCGGAGCCUUCCCUGGUGCUGUUGGCGUUGGCUCCCUCACCAUGCCUCCGAACGCCGCCCCUCCCUGCUCCGGCCCUUCAAGCUGGGAUCAAGACCAGAGCUACUUCAGCGAGCCUGAGAUUGACUCCGAGUAUCACCACCAGCAUGUGCAUAAGACCAAGGUAAAGUCCUUCGAGAAUCAUUGCUUAUUCUAG